GUAUAGUAACGAGUAGGUCAUCCGACACACGACAGACUCGUACGCUGAAGGAGGAGCAGAAUGGGCCACAUUUGAGGGGAGGGGAGGAAGGGGGCUGAACCACGGAGGGUUCCCACGAAACGCCAUCUAUUUAUUUGCGUGUGUGGAUGUGUGUGUGAAUGUGUGCGGAGAGUGAAGCUUUGAAGUAGAGUUCAGUGAACCGUCGCGUAGAGACGUUUCCGCCCACAGUAAAGAUGGCGGCUCCCUGGCUGGAGAAUCUAUCGGAGUCUCUGGGUUCUCCUGAGCCUGCCGUACGUCUUAUAUUUUCCAUUUUAAUCGGGUAUCCCUUCGCUCUGGUGUACCGAAGUUUCUUCUUCUACCAGCCGCCCGCCGUUAUCCACCUGUUCCACACUUUCUCUGGACUGGCUCUCGCAACGUUUAACUUUGCAGGUUCCCAGAUCUACCACUCGGCAGUAUGCAUCCUUGUCCAGUUCCUGAUGCUGAGGCUCAUGGGAAGGACGGUCACGGCUGUCUUGAGCAGCUUCAGCUUUCAGAUGUUAUACCUGUUGGCAGGCUAUUACUACACAGCGACGGAGGAGUAUGACAUCAAGUGGACGAUGCCUCACUGUGUCCUCACGCUGAAACUUAUUGGUUUGGCAUUUGAUUACUAUGACGGCGGGAAAGAACCAGCGGAGCUGAGUUCACAGCAGAAGAGCGCAGCCCUGCCGUCCGUGCUCUCGCUGCUGGAGGUGUGCGGUUUCUCCUACUUCUACGGGGGCUUCCUGGUGGGACCGCAGUUCACGCUGCGCAGCUACCAGAGGCUGGUGGCGGGGGAGCUCAGCGACUGCCCGGGAAAGCCUCCAAACAGCGUCUUACCAGCUCUGAAGAGCCUGUCUCUAGGUUUUCUGUUUCUGAUUAUAUUUGCAAUAUUCAGCCCUCAUUACCAAGAGAGCUACUACCUGACAGAUGAAUACGACGCUCAGCCAUUCUGGUAUCGCUGUGUCUUCAUCCUGAUUUGGGCUAAAAUCAUAUUAUAUAAAUAUGUCUGCUGCUGGCUCAUAGCCGAGGGCGUAUGCAUCUUGACGGGGCUCGGCUACAACGGCGUGAGAGACGGCAAGCACCAAUGGGACGCCUGUGCCAAUAUGAAGGUGUGGCUCUUUGAGACCACUCCGCUCUUUGGGGGAACCAUCGCCUCGUUUAACAUCAACACCAACGCCUGGGCCGCAAGGCACGUGUUUAAGCGGUUGAGGUUCUUGGGCAACAAGAUGCUGUCCCAUGUGUCCACUUUGUUCUUUCUGACCAUAUGGCAUGGUCUACACUCGGGAUACAUCCUAUGCUUCUCCAUGGAGUUCUUCAUCAUCACUGUAGAGAGACAAGCCCAGGCGUUGGUGCAGGACAGUCCAACGCUCACAAAGUUGGCGAACAGCUCCCUCUACCCACUCAUAUACGUCAUCCAGCAGUUCAUCCACUGGCUCUUCAUGGGCUACGCACUGGUGCCCUUCUGCAUCUUUAGCUACGACAAAUGGCUGAAGGUGUACACUUCGGUCUACUUCUGUGGUCACGUCUUCUUCCUCGUAGCCUUUUUAAUCAUGCCAUACCUGCGAAAGGCACUGGUUCCCAAGAAGGAACGCAGCCAGCACAAGCAGGAUUAAAGUCGGGUCUGUUUGAGGCUAAUCUCCACAGAAGGGAACUGUGACAAAAAGGAGCAGAAUGGAAAAUAUUUUAAGGCCUUUAGUGUAUAUAAUAUAUAAAUAUUUGUUCAUGUGAAAAUAAAUCUAUAUUUUUGUGUUUUUUUUUUUUUUUUUUUUUUUUAAAGAAUAAUAAUAAGGGUGUUUUUAUAAACAUUUUUGGAAAAAUGUUUACAGGAAAACGACCAUUGUGCCACAUGGGCUAGUUGAGUGCCCAUCAGGAGGCAAUUUCCUGUUUGUUUUUAUUCUCUGCGAGACACAGUUUGCACUCAGCAGGUUCACAAACAGUCGCUGGUUCCCUUUUCCCCUUUUAUGUGUUUGUAUAAUUUUAUUUUCUCCAAACAGUGCUUAGCAGCAGUAGAUCUUCACAGGGAGGUGUUAAUGCACUUCCGGAAUGUAACGACAACAGCACGCUGCUCGCAUAGCAACAACUCAACUGUUAGGUGUGGGGGGAGUUUGAUUUCUGAACGGCUAAAAAUGCUGUCAUUAACACACACAGACACACACACACACACACACACACAGUACAGAGUACAACACUACCCGACUCAACAUGGCUUUGUGUACAUGAAUGUUUCAAUUUCUUGCUUGUGAUUUGCGAUGUGAUGAAAAAGACUUGAUUUUAUACAUUUUUCCAAUUUUUGUAGUUUUGAAUGAGAAAUAAUACUCGUGGCAAUGUUGUCCACCUUUUUCUUAUUCUGGGUUGUGUUAUUUUGUUUUGUCACUGUCACUCCCUCAUUUGUUUUUGCUCUGAAAUGCACAGGAAGUGUCACUACAGCAUCCUGUUUAAGCACAGAACUGUAACUAUAUUUUGGCAUGUCCUAAUAUUUUCCACAUGACUAUGGUUAAUGGUCAAAAUGCUUCGGAAUACUUGCUAGAAUCCAUGUAAUGCGGACAUGCUCACAAUUUUACAAUCAUUAGACAAAUGAUAAAUGACUUAUGGGUGCCAAGUCCCGCCCUUGCCACUGCAAAGAUUUUUUGCUUGAUGGCAGUCAAGUUUUUCAAACAACCUUGCUCAAAUUUUACACAGGUGAUUGUCAGUCUCCUGAAAUCGCAUACCAAAUAUUGCAGCGAUCUAACCAAACACCUUAAAGUACCAUACUUGUUUUUGUCGAGGCACAGAGCUGUGUGAGAAAUUUGAAGUCCGUCUGGCUUACGGGGUCAAAUAACAGUGCCACCAUGUGGGUGCGUGUUGUGACAAAUUUUCACACAAAGUCGUGGAAAAAUUGAGGACACGCCAUCAUAAAGCAACAAAAAUGGGAGUAUUGUGUGUGCUUCAUGUCAUCUCAGUUUGCUGGAAUGCCUGUAGCAAAUGCUCUGGGAAUUAUUAUUAUUUUUAUUUUUUUUUU